CGCCUCCCGGCCGCCCCGCGCUGCCUCCCGCUGCGCAGAGCGCCGUGCAGGCGGGGGCAUGGCGAGCCAGCGCUGCUUCGCCAACCGCUUCGAUGACUACGCGGGCAGCCUGGCGGCAGCGCCGGACAAAGAAGCGGCGGUGCCGUUGGUGACGGCCACCAUCGAGCGGAUCUUGAAGGAGCUGCCGCCGCUCGGCGGAGGGGCGGCGGGCGGUCCCCGCUGCUGCCAAGGCGGGCUGUACGGCGGAGUGGCCGGCGUGGCCUACAUGCUGUACCACGUCGCGCAGUGCCCGCUGUUCGCGCCGUCGCGGGAGGCCUAUCUGCGGGCGGCCCGGCGCGUGGUGGACGCCUGCCUGCGCUACCAGGAGGCGGGCGGCGAGGCCGACGCCGACACCCGCGCCGCCUUCCUGCUGGGCGGCGCCGGGGUGUACGCCGUGGCCGCUUUGGUGUACCGGGCUCUGGGGCUGCCCGACUUCGCCCGGCCGCUGGGCAAGUUCCGCGAGCUGAGCGAGGUCUGCGCGCCGCUCUCCUUCCUCGAGUGCGGCUCCGACGAGCUGUUCGUGGGCCGAGCCGGGUACCUGUGUGCCGCCCUGGUGCUGAAGCAGCGGCUCGGCAUGGAGGUGCUGACCCCAGCACAAAUCAAAUCAAUUUGCCUGGCCAUUCUGGAAUCAGGAAAGCAGUAUGCAGUGAAGAAGAGGAAACCUUUCCCACUCAUGUAUUCUUACUAUGGAACAGAGUAUCUUGGUGCAGCACAUGGGCUUUCAUCAAUCCUUCAGAUGUUACUUUCCUAUUUUGAGUACCUGCAGCCAGCAGAUCAGGAGCUUGUGUGGCAGAGUGUUGACUUUCUCAUGGACCAAGAACAGAAUAGCAACUGGCCUCCUGAGCUGGGGGAAACAAUCGAGCGGGAGAAUGAGCUUGUUCACUGGUGUCACGGAGCUCCAGGCAUUGCAUAUCUGUUUGCCAAAGCUUACCUGGUUUCCAAGAAGCCUCAGUACCUGGACACUUGUAUCCGCUGCGGAGAGCUAACCUGGCAGAAAGGCCUGCUGAAGAAGGGACCUGGAAUAUGCCAUGGAGUGGCUGGUAGUGCUUAUGUGUUCCUGCUGCUCUAUAGGCUCACUGGAAACUCAAAAUACAUCUACAGGGCACAAAGGUUUGCAGAGUUCUUAUUUACAGAGGAAUUUAAAGCUGGUUCCCGGGCAUUAGAAAGUGUAUAUAGUCUGUAUGAAGGCUUCUCCGGGACUGUGUGUUUCCUGACUGACUUGCUGCAACCCAACCAAGCCGAGUUUCCUCUCUUCAGUGUCUUUGUCUAGAGAACAACAUCCUUCAGGGCCACGUUCCUGUGGUGACGGGAGAGGGCACCUGUGGUUUCACCUAUUUGUGAGAGGCUAUUUCCAAAACAAGCCAGUGGUACCACUAAUGCUAGCCUUAAUGUAGCUGGGAGGCAGGUGAGAGUACAUAUACUUGGGCUUUGGGUAAGGGAAGCAUGUGAGAAAAAAAAAAGGGGGGGGAGGGCCUCAGUUAAAAAAGGGGGAAGGGGUUGAAUCUGGUGGGGUAGAUAUUUAUCUGUAAAGAAGUACAAUAUAUUUAAGUGAUAGAGAAAGGAGCAUUACCAAACUUUUAAUUUGGUGGCUAGACCAGAGGAAAGGCAAGAUAGAAUUACAGGGACACACAGAGAAGAAACGAAGUGAUACACCCAGGAUGUUUUAAAAGGAGACCUGCAAGAGCAAGUCUUUAUGCAGUGAUGCACUUUCCAGGGAGGGCGUUGUAGACAUGUCACUACACUGCACAAAGGCAAAAUCUGGGAUUUUGUACCUAGACCACAUUCACUAGUACUAGUGCCAUGUGUUAGAAAUAGCUGUAUGCCGGAGCUCUUUUCAUGUGUAUGUAAAGAUAGUUCUGUAGAUAGCUAUUUAUGCAGCCCGCAGUUUCAUUGAGUAGAGUUUCAUGUGUGUAAAUGGGAACUGAAUUUGGCCCUUCCUUUUGGAGCUCAGUCUGUGGUGAGGAGCUGGUCUCCUUACUGGUUUACUGGAACUGUGGCACUCUUACCAAUACUUUCCCUUCUGCAGGGAUAAUUAGUGCUGCCGUGGAGGAGGCUUGGAUUGAAAAGUUACACAGCCAAGACACCACUGGCAGAUGCUUCUUCACAGUACAGCAUUGCUAGAAUAGGUAUUGUUCAGAGAUACAAAAGCUUCCUUUAAAAAUCAAUUACCUUGAGCAGCAUUUCUGAACAAUGACAUCCAUAGUUCAGAGAACACAAAAACAAAUUUCCCGAUGAAUUGUUCAUUCCAAGCCCUGCAAACUGAAUGCAAACCUCUGUCGGCAAACUGAGCUUAAGAAAAACCUGGUAGGAAAACUCAAGGUUGCUUCUUCUCGUGGCGAAAAGAACAAUGUGUGUGCCCAAAUGAUUUUGUAGCUGUAGAAAUAACUGGUCUCCUCAACACUAGUUGCACCAGCACUUAAGGUCGCGAUUAUACUGUUUCAUUAUAUUUAUGAAAUGAUAAUUAAAAGCUAAAGAAAAUGCUAACAUAGAUUUGUAGUAGAAAAACUAUAAAAACAAAACCUAUAUUAAAUAAUCUUUACUAUUUUUAUUUAUUUUUAUUUAUAUGGGAAUAAUGUAAUGCAGUUACCUUUUAGGAUGGAUUAGGAAGGCCAGUAUGUCAGAACUUUGCAUUUAGAGUGUAAAAACCAACCUAUGUGCACUGCCAAACAUUGCAGUCCCUCUUCCUGCAUUCUCAGCUGGAGAUUACAGUUUCCUUAUAUUUAAUGCCUAAUGGAUCAACGCUCCCAUUUAAUUUCAGUAGCUUGAUCAGGCUGUAAGAUAGAGCCAAGUCUUGCAAUCCUUCUACAUUUUAAUACACUAAUUCCAUUCCUACUCAUGCCACUCUUAUUACAACAGGAUGACUUGCAUUAUUAUGAGCUGCAGAUUAGUAUUUUUGCUAUUUAUCUUGCACUGUGCAGCUCUAAUUAAUUGCCUAAUCAUAGAAGUAACCAUAUUUCUUUGGAGACGCGAGUAAUGCAGUUCAGCUUAUCAAGUAUUUGGGAACCUUUUGAUGAGUGUUAAAAUUCAAUAUACAGAUGUUAUGGGUUUAUAAUUUGUGGGAUAAGGGGUCUUUUAAGAAAGCCAUUAAUGUCACUUCCUUCAUCACUGUGAGCAGUGAGAUACACAUACAUAGGCGUGUGUAUUUCUUAGAGGGGUUACAUGUGAGGCUUAGCUAGAAUGGAAAGUCCUUGUGCUCUGCCCAGCCAUGUUUAAAUGCAUCUGUUAGAUAAACAGUACACAUCCUAAGCCCUUUAGGAUUCUUACCUAGUUUCUUUCUCUAAAGCGGAUGGAUAAUCUAUUUUAUAACUGGAGCCUUUUUUAACAAGUUAUUAAGGAAGGUAACACUCAGUCUAUCCACUUUUUCCCUGUGAUCAUUAACUUGUCAGUCUCUAUUUGUCUUGUAGGGCAGCGGUACUCGGAUUCUGUCUUAUUGUAAGAUGGGGAAAUGGGUUCUGCCGUGAUCAGGCUCAGGCAGUUGCAAUCCUACCUUUGCCAAUGUUGUAUUUUCAGAUGCAAACGUUACAAGGCCUAGUGUUCUGAUAACCACACAGUCAAAAAAAAACUUAACCUAAACUUAAGCCUUAACAGAAUCUACGCCUUUCAGCACAGUAACCAUGACCUCCUGAUUUUGUUCCCAGUGCCUACUUUUUAAUUAUCAUCAAGCCACAGCAUUUAACUGCAUCCACUUAGGUUUCUUUUCCUCAGGAGAGGCUUGGAGGAGGAAAUCUUUGCCAAAACCUCAAUACAUCUACAGCACAAUAAAUAAAUAAAUGCAGUAAUUUCGACCCUGACCAAGUCAUGGAUGCUGAUAUUGUAACAUAUACCACAGGUGUUAAAAUUUACCGUUAACAAUACAUCUCUGUAGGAUUCAUUUCUUUAGACUUAAAUUUAGAGACAAUUCAGAUCAUUUAUGGUAUAAAUAAUAGUAACAAAACCACCCAGUCUCACAGGAUACAUCUUGUAAAAUCUUGAGUCAGGUGUAGCAAUUAGAGAUGGUUCGUACAGCUUUUAUGUGACCUGGCUGGGCUGAGGGGGAGACAAGACAUGCUGUGGUCACAGCUUCUGAACACAGCAUCCGUAUACUCCAGGGCUAUUCUGACAUUGCCAGUCAUUAAGUGGAUAUGGGUUUUUGUCUUUUAAUACUCUUAAUCUUCACCUUCCUUAUUUUAUUUAUUUAUUUAUUACUUUUUAUUGUUUACUUAAAUGCUGUUGCAACCUUCAUUUGUUGCAAUUAAGACAUGGACAGGAAAGUAACCUGACUAGAGCCUUUGGCACUUUUAGUGUGAUAAAAAAAAAAUAGGGUCCUUUGUGUUCUUUCCGUACUACUUGGGGAAAUCAAUUACGCGUCCUUUGCUGGGUAUUCUUAGCUGGAUGCUAUUUCCUCCUGCUCCACAAUCAAACCUGAGAGGAUGAAAGAUCAUAUUCCUGAACAGAUUCUGCCACAGCGCUGUGACAAAAGACUGCAUUACCAGAAACUUCAGAAGCCUCUUUCAGAGCGUACAACACGAGUUUCCAAGUCACCUUUGCUCAUUAGUCUCACUACUUCAUUAAGUUUCUAAAGCGUAGGCAAUAGGACUUUAAGUGAUACAAUAGUAUUUCUGAUUAUGCUGUUAAAGCCAAGAGGAUGCAUUGUGUGGGUAUUGGUGCUUCUUUGUGAUGUGCAUGUGUUUGUGUGGUGCUGUCUGUGAGUAAAGCCGUAGAUUACAAACCAGUUUAAGGAGCUAUAUACUCUUCAUGACUUUUAGUAGGUCAUCCAUAGGUUACUGUUGUAGAAUAAUCUGGAAGGAAAUUAGAUCUGUGAUGUCAAGAUUUAGUGAUAUUAGGAUUUGUAGAGCCAUAUGCAAUAUGUUUCAGCAAUAGGUCAGUUCUAACAAACAUAACUUUAUUUUUUCCUGCCAUUCACAACUUCUCAGCAUGACAGUAUCCUCCUUUUGUGCUGCUGCUUUCAGCAUCCUCUUUGUUUGCACCGUUGCUUCUUUCACUUUCCCCACCUUUCUUUCCCAGUCUACAAAUAACUUUCCAACACAAGGUUGGAAAGGACCUACAGGAUCACGUAGUCCAACCAUCCUCCCACUGCCAUUGCUACCACAAGCCACUAAGCCAGUUAUAUAAACCAGUGAUAGCAUCUGCCAACAUACCGCAUGUUUGAUGAAAACAGAGAACAAUUUUAGCAUAUUGCAUGCAUUUUGAGGAUAUGUCCUUGUUACUUCUUCUGAAAUUCUGACCUAUAAGAUCCAUGGACAGAGCGCAUCUCUGAGGUCCGCCAAAUAAAUCUCAGGUGCAGUAAUCUUCUCCUACAUAGACUGAAUAUUCACUGACCUGAGUACAUAUUGUAAUGUGUAGGAAGUAGUUUAUCAGGGGUAAGGGUUGUUUUGCGGAUUCUAAAGAGCAUUCUUCCUGUGAAGAAAUAACACAGAUGAGCAAUUGCUGGCUAUCAGCAAUCUUGCAAUUGCUCUGAGAAGGCAUCUGACUUCAUCUAAUUAUGUCCUGGAUUAAGUAGUAAGCAGCAUAAAGCCAAAUUAAAAAGAAAUAAGAAAAUGACCAAAAAUCACAUUACUGAGGGAACAACGUACUUCAAAGCCAUAAUGCUAAAAUGCUCAGGGCCCAAAACAAUACAGCAAUUUAAGGAUGUGAACAGGCAUUUUCCAAGAGAAUAGCACAGUUUGAUUCAAUGCACAGACAGGGGUACGGUAUGUGCUAUACUUUGCAGGUGGUUAUAGCUGCCUUCAUUGCCAUCGUAGCAAAGUUACCGUACGCUGACAAAAAUCUGCCUAUGAAGGAGUUGCCUGUAGCUAAACCUACUGCCUCCUCCUGUCAUGUAAUAGAAUAAAAGUAAUGUACACUAUGGAUGAUUAAACAGUUAAAAAAAUACCCAGGAAACCAACAUGCCCAAACUUUUUGACUUGUCUUUCACCUAUUAAAUUUUCUGAUUAACUUGUAUUGUCAUUGGCAUCACUGUUGGUCCUACACUCUAUGUAUUUAAAAAUCAUACUCCAGAAAAAAUCCGAUUAUGAAUAGCAGUCUUUCUGAAAACACAUAAGAUGGCAUCUUAUCAUCAUCUUAUCUUUAAUGUGUACAAGAAAGUCUCUUGACAUGGCUCAUUGUGUGACCACUCAAAGAGAAGAUGGAGGCAUUUAGGUCAAGCACAGAAAUACCAACUAAAAUGGUAAAAAAUUCCUUAAAACCUUACUUUGCCUAUUGGUAAAAUGUUAUUUGAAUGAAAGAUAACUUUAUAAUGCAGUGAUACUCAUCAACACCACUGCAUGUCUAUACAUAACCAGGUUGGACAGAGCUUUGGGCAUCCAGGUCUACUGGGAGAUGUCCCUGUCCAAGGCAGGGCUGGAACAAGGCAGUCUUUAAGGCUCCUUCCAACCCAAACCUUCUAUCAUUCAUGCUCACUACCCAGAAAAUUUUAUGUAGAAGUCCUGAAUUGAAUUAUAUCAUGUAAGUGAAUAGAAAAGAAAUCCUAUUCAAAUAUUAAUUUCUAUUUCAUAUAGAAGAGAAAGACCGCCUGACCUGAAAUUAAGCUCUGUUUUUGUCUUCAUUAUCAUUACCACACAAAAGGAGAAAGCUUUCUAACUAAGGUGUAAUUUUGCUAGUGAUUUGACCUCACGCUCUCAUUUUAGGGGCCAGAUAUGCAACCCACUGAUGUCAGUGGUGAAUCUCCGUUUGAUUUCAGGCAUGCAGGGUUACAUCCUUUCACACGUGUGAAAUCGGUGCAAAACUGCAUCAUUCUGUGCCCCAAACAUGCAGACUUUCCUCAGUACGAGUCCCGUGGGAUUACUGAUACUUGCUCAUGUGCUAAGAGGAAAGCCAGUAUACACAGGGUCCUGUCUGAAUGCAAUUUUAUACCUGUUUUUGCUCAAAAUGUCUGCUAUAUGCAUGAAUGCCAAUACCAAUUAAAAGUACAGGGAACUUCCAUGGCAUUACUGAUAAAGGGUGUUACUUUGUGUCCGGUUUCUGUUGGUAACACUUCACUAUUCAAUAUAUUCCAAUACUCAGUGUUGAUUUCUCAAGUACAUGCUACACCCCAGAUUCAUGUCUCACUGGAAUAGCUAUUCGCAGCCAUACUGUCGUACAGUCCCUUUAGAAUCAAGAUUGAUUUGAUUCUUUAGAAAUGCACCUUAUUGUUUAAAAGCAGGACCCCUGCUCUUCUAAUGUUUCAAACACUGUGAUCUUACAGAAUGUGUCUAUUGUAUUAGUUUUGUAUUGUAGAUUACGAUAGAAAAUAGAUUUUAUAGCUUUUUAAAAGCAGUGAUAAUACUAAGCUUCAUAGUGGCAGAACAAACUGUGUAUAUCCAUGAUAUUAAUAUUAAAGCUGUGAUUAUAUUUUGCCUUAAAUAAAAGCCCAACCUUGACCUGUA